GAGAUUGGCGCGCUUUUCCGGUAAUGGGUUCUCGAUCAGUAACCGGAGUUCUAAUUUGGUCGUCGAUUCAGUCGAAGAUGAAUCGACGACGACCUUAAUUCGGCGGGUGUCAGGUCGCCAUUUCUAUCCAUUCGUAUGUAAGUUCUCGAAACGGUCCGCAAUCGGUAGCUCCUCUAUUGGAAUGCUAUUCUCACUCUCUGUUCCCAAAAUCAUGACCUAAAUUUGAAUCGCUAUCUUUCGGCUCACCGGAACUGCUAUGGCACUGGAUCCAGGAGUCCAUCUCAGGCGAGGAUCCUGAGAUUCGGCGCUAAAGGUGAGCUGUUACAUUUUGCUGACUAGUUCACAGUAGUCCAUGGUUGUUUAAAAGUCAUCGCCACACGGAGGUGACCAAAUAGUCUCCUGUGGAAAUUUGUUUCUCGUCCGUUUACUUUUUGCAUCUUGAAGGAAAGGAAAAAUGGUGGGCAACGAGUAAAAGUCUCGAUGGAGUCAGCCUGCCGUGUAUAAACGUCAAAUUUUGGCUUCUAAUGAAGGGUGGGUUGGCGGCUCUCUCUGGGAAGGAAACUAACCAUGAACUCUGCAAAAUUUGUUCUACUUUCUCUGCUUCUUUUCUGCCACCAAACAUGCUCCGCCUCUCGUGAUGCGAUAGCCGCAAAUGAAUCCUUGAGCGACGGGAGCCUGGUGAUCUCUAGAGGUGGUAGGUUUGCUCUGGGAUUUUUCAGUCCUGGUAGUUCGAGCUAUAGAUAUCUUGGUAUUUGGUACCAUGGGAUACAAGAGCAAUCCGUGGUGUGGGUUGCAAAUCGGAACGAUCCCAUCUCUGGAACUUCAGGGAUUUUUAUGGGUCAUGGAUACUGCAGCCUUUAUCUCUAUAGUAAUAGUAGCAGCAAGCUUCCGCUGUGGUCUGCUAAUGUUUCAGCGGGAUCAAAUGGUACUUGUGUAGCUCAGCUGUUGGAUUCAGGAAAUUUAGUGUUGAGGGAAGGUAAAAGUAAGACGACUACUGUGUGGCAAAGCUUUGAUUAUCCUUCGGACACUCUGCUGCCUGGGAUGAGAGUUGGGUUGAGUAGGAUAACAGGUUUGAGCAGCUUCCUGACAUCUUGGAGAUCAGGAGAUGAUCCAGGUACUGGGAAUUUCUCAUAUCAGAUAAAGCCAAGUGCCUCGUCGCAGUUGUUUAUGAACCAUGGUAUCAAUUCUUAUUGGCGGGCCCCUCCUUGGCCGUGGCAGAGUUGGGAGGGUAACCAGGAGCUCUACAAUGACUCAUUUGUAGACAAUGAGGAUGGGAUAUUCGUAUCAAUUGCUCUUGUGGAUUCAUCUGUGCUCAUGAGGGUAGUCGUUGAUCCUUCAGGAAUCUUGAUGUUAAUGACACACGAUGAAAGCGAUGGCCAGUGGAGGGUCUACUAUACAACCCCUAAGCAGAAGUGUGAUUUCUAUGGAAGUUGUGGCCCUAACAGUAAGUGUGAUCCUAGCAUUUCUUUUCCAUUUGAAUGUACCUGUUUACCUGGGUAUGAACCUAAGUACCCUAGAAAGUGGCAUUUAAGAGAUGGAUCUGGUGGGUGUAUCAGAAAGAGAUCAGAAUCAUCUUCUUUUUGUGGGGACGGAGAUGGGUUUGUGAGAGUGGCAAAAGUGAAGCUUCCUGAUACUUCAGCAGCCAUCUGGGUGGACUUGGGAACAAGGAAAUUGACCUGUGAAGGUGAAUGCAGAAGAAACUGUUUGUGCUCAGCAUAUGCUACCAUUGAUACUGAUGAGAAAGGGAUUGGUUGUUUGAUAUGGUACGGGGCACUGAUGGAUAUUGUGUACUCUCAACCUCGUGAUUACGAUCUCUAUGUUCGUGUUGAUGCUCUUGAACUAGCUGAUUAUCUGAAGGAGUCCAGUGGCUUUCUUGAGUUGAAGAUGAAGUUGCAUUUCAGUAUUAUUAUACCAUCCAUCGUCUCAGCGUGGCUUGUCAUUUUCUUGUCUGUUUAUUUGUGGCUCAAAAAGCGGAAGAAGAGCAGGGCGAAGAACAGGCAGAUCAGGAAUAUAUUUCAUCAUCCCAGCGAUGAUUCAAAUUACUUGGAUGAUUCUUUGGCUUCAAAAGACACAAAACGAAGUACUAUCUACCCUGAAUUACCGUUUUUCAGCCUGAACACCAUACAUAAAGCCACUGACAGUUUCUCUCUGGCAAACAAACUUGGACAAGGAGGUUUUGGUUUAGUGUACAAGGGAAAAUUGCCCAACGGACAAGAGGUUGCUGUAAAACGAUUGUCCAAAAAUUCAAAUGAGGGGAUGGAGCAAUACAAGAAUGAAGUAUUCUUAAUUGCAAAGCUCCAACACAGGAACCUUGUGAAGCUUUGUGGUUGCUGCAUCGAGCAAGAUGAACAGAUUCUGAUUUAUGAAUACCUGCCCCACAAUAGUUUGGAUUCGCUUCUCUUCAUUGACGGGAGCGUAAGAUCAGUUUUAGAUUGGGGGAAACGGUUUAACAUCAUUGUUGGUAUUGCUCGUGGGAUCUUGUAUCUUCAUCAGGAUUCAAGAUUCAGAAUAAUUCAUAGAGAUCUGAAACCUAGUAAUAUUCUCCUGGAUGCUGAGCUGAAUCCCAAAAUUUCUGAUUUUGGGAUGGCUAGAAUAUUGAAAGGUGACCAAAUGGAAAGGAAGACAACUAGAAUUGGCGGAACUUAUGGCUACAUGUCACCUGAGUACGCGCUCUUUGGAAGGUUUUCUGUGAAAUCAGACGUGUUCAGCUUUGGGGUGAUAUUACUGGAGACUGUCACUGGGAAGAAAAUGAACGAGUUUUCUUUGGAAGAUCCUUCGUUGAGCUUGAUCGGUUAUGUGUGGGAGUUAUGGAGGGCAGACAGAAUCUCGGAGGUAGUCGAUUCGUCUCUGUCACUGUCACACAGAUACUUGAACGAGGCACUGAGGUGCAUCCAGAUUGGACUGUUGUGCGUAGAGGAAAUUGCAGCACAUCGACCCGAUAUGCUGGCUGUGGUUCUUAUGCUGAACAGUGAAGCAACACCUGUUCCGUCCCCCAAACAACCUGCGUUUGUUUGCGCGAGACCCAAGGUGUUGCUCACAAAAGAACGGACAUGCUCGGUAAAUGAGAUGUCAUAUUCAGGGAUCUUUAGUCGCUGACAUAACCUCUCCUUAGUCUGAUGCUAGAUAUCAAUGGAUAUCAGUUUCAAUGUAAUCAUGUACUGGUUUGAAGUUUCUCCUUAAUUAAAAACACAUUUGAUUCGAUAUGGUCUGAUAUCUUCAUUUGUCUAAGGAAUCGAAUAGAAUGGAGACAUUCUUGAUCUGCAAUGGUGGCUUAUACUCGAACAGCCACGGUCUGGAUCAUGCAACAUAUGCUUACAAGUAAUCAUCUUAAUCGAAACUUCCAUUGUGCAGUAACUGGAGCUGCAAAGUGGAGCCACGACUCUGCCACAGAUGGGGGAACCAUCUUUCAGUACUCCAGUGAAGACUGAUCCAGAUAGCUAGUUUCCAAGCAUCUUCAGUUCAGUGGACCAAGUAUAAAGUUCCACCCACGAACAUGUUAUUUUUUGCUUGAUAUUAAAAAAAUGAUUUAAGCUAUAUCUGAAUGUUGGAUUGCUGGUAUGCAAGAAGAGGUGACAGGGAGGGGAUGAGUGUGCUGCCUCUUCUGCAUUCUGGUGUGUUCUGGUUGGCAUAGUAUGGAAGUAACAUGGCGGAAAGCAUUUUUGGUGGGAAUUGGGCUUCGUUAUUGUCCACUUUGUAGUUGAUGUUGGUUCAUGGGUAGUUAGAAAAAAACUGUGUAUAAUUAUUUCUGAGUCAUUAUUUUGACAAUGUACAGGCAGAGAAGAAGUCUCUUUGCUGACAAAUCAAGCUAACAUGCAUGCCAGAUCAUAAGCACAUAUAUUACACACACUAGGCGCUCACGUAAGAGCAACGAUUAAUGCUCACAUGGAGAAAAGAUACUCUCGGUUACGAUGUGAGAUUCACCUGGGAGGAGUUCAAGCAAGGAGAAAGAACAGCAACCUACAACUUGCAACAACAGAAACAACCAACUAACUUUCCCGCUGGUUUCUCCCGUGGCCUAGUGGAUGGAUGCUCAGUCUUCUAAUUCUUACUACAUCACCUUGCUGUUUAGGUUUCCGAGCUAGUUAGACGCCGGCAUCUUUCCCGACAAGAAUAAAACAAUGAUAAAACU